CUUCACUUCCUCACUUCUUUCCUGCCAGCUGGAACUCCCCUUUUUCCAGGUUGCUGCUGUUUUGCUUUGCCAGUUGGUUGCCGUUUUUACCCAGGCGGGCGAAGGGAAAUAAAAGUUUGAAGGCGCAGGAGGAGUCUCCCAGGGACCCGUUUAGAAGAGUCACACCGCACGGAUGCUUCUUCGACAGUUCCCCAACAAUCCCGAAUUUGCAGCUGAAACAUUAGCAGGAAUGCCUUCUCUUCUCAAGGCUUGGACCUGCUGUAGUUCAUAUGCAGGAGCAGCAUUAUAAACCCGUGGGGAACCCUAUUCCCCGGUUCUGAGGGCGUGAAGAUCUCCCAGGACUGUUUUCCAUCACUUCACUGCUCAAUUGACCCAGAUAAAAGUAUCUUGUGGGCUCAUGCUGGGUUGCUAAAGGAGUGUGGAUUGAGGAAGAGGAAGAAGAAGCAGCAGUGCUUUGUUCAGCUAUAUCAUAAGAACAAGAUAUUCUCUCAAAUGUGAAGGAAAUUAAGUGGCAGACAAGGUUUUCUAGACAAGGUUUGGCUUCUAUACAACGUCUUUACCUACCGGACAGCCAUCGUGUGGCAGUGGGCUCUAUAGUCUUACACCUUGGAGUUGAAGAAACUGCCUUUACCUAUGAAAGAAGACCAAGAUGGUUCUUGCCUUUUGGUCAGGACACUCGGCUUCUAGACAAGUUUGUUAGUUCUACUAUUUAGCUGUGACACAGAAAACCAUAAAAACUCCUAGAAAUCAGCGUUUUUCAUAUUAUUGUGAUACCUGUCUUUAUAAGUAGCUUACGUAUUAGACUACUUGAAUAGUCAUUGAUUUGGUAAUGACUCUGCCAUUCUGGUUAUUCUUAAAACUUCAGCUUGCUUCUUAUGACAAGGAAGUAGGUUCUGGACCUGUCAAAUCGACAUGGAAAUUUCUCGUGUAAGUUUCUUUAAAAAACACAUGUGUCAAGCGUUUGAUAUGUUACAAAUUGGCCUGACGCUCGUGAAUGCUUCUGGAUUCCUAAACAUAUAUUCUAAAUAGACAAUGUAGACUUGAAAGAGAGUAAACUUAAUCAUGGAGACCUGAAAGAGAAUAUACUUAAUCAUGGAGGGAGUUGAAAAGGAUGGAGCUGUGGAUGGAAACAACCAUCUUGUCAGAAGAGCCAUUACUUGGGAAAUCUCUGAUUCUGAAGGAGACAGCGACACUGAAUCAUGGAACUCAACUACAGUUGCAAAUCACUUAGCUGCUGAUGUACUGGUCCAUGCAGAAAAAGAAAAGUUGCACUUGUGCAUGAGGUUGGGUGAAGCCAAAGAGAUGUCUUCACUCACAUCAUUGCCUGAAGUAGCAUCUUGUUCACCAGGUUCAGAAAAAAGGAAAAAGCAUUCUCCACAAGAAACAAAGAUGGUGCAAACAAAAGCUGAAGCGAGAAUGCUUGAAAGAAAACUCAAGAAAGAAGAGAGAAUGAGGAGAAAAGAACAAGAUGCACUAGAAAAAGAGAGGCGAAAGGAAGCUGCAGCUGCCUUGAAAUCCCUUCGGCCAGAUCAGUGCAUGAAGCACGUGACUGUGUGUUUGGAUCCAGGUCUUCUAGAGGAUCUCGGUUCAGAUGUUUUGCUGGAUGCUUUGGGUUCUUUGGAGUGUAACUAUUAUAUUGAACCCCAGACAGUUCCUCGCAGCAUAACCUGGAAGAGGAAUAUCUCCAGUAGUAUGUCUGCAACAGAUGGCCUCCUGGAAAAGGCUGACGAAGAAAGAGAAGUCUUGCAGCUUCUGGAGCCUUGGGAUUUUCUCCAGCGCCUCUUCUCCCUAAUGCAGAGUAUGGAACCCGGUGGCCAGCGGAGUGUACCGGAUCUCACCCACCUGUUGCCUUGUAACUGCCUGGAAGGUCCUUCUGCCAGAUCCUACAGUGUGGUGGUCAUUGGACUAGACACUUACCGAUGGUACAACCAGCAUCACAGAGGCCAGCCUGAAGCACUGAAUCCUGAGCAGGAAGAGGUGGUGGGCCCGAGAUUGCAGACUGGCCCAGAGUUGUCUAUGACACCGCAUCAGAUAGAGGAGGCUCUGGUGAUGCUGCAGCUCUGGGGUAACACAGGGGUCUUGCUUCUGGAGACAUGGCGAGAGUUUGCCCAGCACAUUUCUGCCAUGACCAAAGCAAUUGCACAGCGGCCAUAUAGGAAACAGCUAGAAAACCAGACUUUCUCCUUCUGCACUGAAGGCGGAUGGGCCAGCGGUGUGCGCGUGCUCAAGGACGGGACGGGGCUCGGAGAGGCCUGGUCAAGGCAAAUUCAGCAGUUCAACCGCGUCAGCCCUGCCAUGGCGGCUGCGAUCACCCAAGCCUAUCCUUCGCCCAGCCUGUUGCUGCAGGCCUACAGAGAGUGCAGCACAGACAAAGAAAGGCAGCUCCUCUUAAGUGACAUUCAGGUCAGGACUGAAGAAAACGAGAGAGAGCGGCGAAUUGGCCCAGAUUUGUCCCGUCGGAUCUACCUCUUCUUGGUAUCUACCAAUCCAGAGCUGGUCCUGGACUUACGUGCCUAAGGUGAGAUGCAGCCGGAGUCCAGACAUGCUCUUCACCCCUAUCCACGAUGCCUCAACUCCUUGCUCUAAAUUCUGUAGUGCUGAAGCUUCCUGGUCUAUUGCAGAAUAGAUCCCCUACAAACCAAUAAAUGUAUUUGCACAAAUA